AGGGGGGUCCAAAAUCGGUGAACGAGAUUACUCUUAUCAACGCCGGGAGAUUGUUGGAGAACACUAAGACGCUGUCGGAGUCUCGUGUUCCCGUGAGCGAGAUCGUAGGCACUCCGAUCACAAUGCACGUCGUCGUUCACCCAGCACAAGCAGACAAAACCACAG